GUAGAAGAAAAGAACCCGGAAGUGAAUAUCACGUGACUAUCGUUUACUUCUGUCAUGAAUCUCGAUCUAACAAUGUUAUGAACUAAAUACUAAGAAUACUGUUAAUUUCAAUGUACAUGUACCUUUGUGGGAUAUUUAUGCUUAUGAAAUUAUGUAUUACAUAAUUGAAGAUGUAUUAAAAGGGUUAGGAAGCGGUGAAAUAAGCCUAGCUAAAUCAGGUUAGCCACUUAGCAUCGGUCCCCAUGGCGGCUCCUACUGGACCAGCCUCUGCUCCGGUUCUCAGCCAAAAGCAACGUCGUUCUGUUUUGAGGAAAGAAAGAAGAAAACGCAAACGUCAAGCUUUGGCCAAGUCCAGAGAAAAUGGUGUGAAUGAUGAUGCAGAUGAAGAGCUCGAAGAACUUGGAGAUGACAAUGAAGAAGAUAAAAUUGCAGAAGAGGAGAGGCAGCGACUACAUGAAGAGUGGUUGGAGAGGGAGCGUCUGGCUCAAGAGGAGUUCAGACUGAAGAUGGAAAAAGAGGAGGCUGCACAGAGACGAAGAGAGGAGGAAGAGCGGCUGAUAAAAGAGGAAUGGGAGGCUCGGCAGAGAAAAGAGGAGGAGGAGCAGGAGCAGAAGAGGCAGGAGAAGAGAGACAGAGAGGAGGCUGUUCAGAAAAUGUUGGAUGAAGCAGAAAGUCAGUUGGAAAAUGGAGGUGCCUGGAGGAAUCCUGAAGGUCCGGCGACUGAAAACUCAAAGAACUACGGCACUGAGCGAGACGUGGCAAACUGCCCCUUCUUUCUCAAGACUGGAGCCUGUCGAUUUGGAGACAGAUGCUCCCGUAAGCAUGCCCACCCCAGCAGCAGCACGACCCUCCUGAUCCGCUCCAUGUUCUUCACUUUUGGGAUGGAGCAGUCGAAACGGGACGACUUCGACAUGGACUCGUGUUUGGAGCACAGUGAGGAGGAGCUUCAUGAGAGCUUCAUCGACUUUUACCACGACGUCCUGCCCGAGUUUAGGAGCGUUGGGACAGUGGUGCAAUUCAAGGUUAGCUGCAAUUAUGAGUCUCAUCUGAGAGGAAAUGUCUACGUCCAAUUUGAAACGGAGGAGCAGUGUCAGGAGGCUUUGAUAAAGUUCAAUGGUCGCUGGUACGCAGGACGGCAGCUUCACUGUGAGCUGUGUCCUGUAACUCGAUGGAAGAACGCCAUUUGUGGCUUGUUCGACAGACAGAAGUGCCCCAAAGGGAAGAACUGCAACUUUUUACACGUUUUCCGUAAUCCGGGCAACGAGUUUUGGGAGGCAGACCGUGACAUAUCACCCGACAGGAGAAACCGAAGAGAGGGGUGGCAUUCGGAAAGACGGAGUGACCGAUCAUGGAGGCAACGAAGCCCACCCAGGUCCGAGAGGUCGUACAGGGGGGAGAGGUGGGCGGAGGAUAGGGGGUCGCGGUCAAGAUAUAGUGAAAGGCGUCAUAGCAGAAGUAUAAAUAGGUCCAGGAGUCGCAGUUGGGACCGGAGUAGACGAAGGAGGAGCAGGAGUAAAGAUCGGGAUUGGGAAUCUAGUAGAAUGGAUAAGGAUUCGCGAUCUAGGAGCAGAAGUAGAGAGAGGACAAGACCCAAAAGAAGUCAAAGCCCAAAGCAUGAUGGAAAAACUAAAAGCCCUAAAGAAGACAACGAUGGCAGCCCCAAAAAACACCACAAACAUUCGAAAAAGAGCAAAAAGAAAAGUAAGAAAAAGCAUAAAAAGAAAAGCAAAGAAUCACCAAAAACAAGUUCAGGAGAUUCAGAUGAAGAAAUUACAAGAACAACUCCCGAAACUGAGGACAAGAAGGAAGUGUGUGUUAAACAGGAAGCUGAGGAGGUAAAAAGUUUUCUCGAAAUUGUGAAAAAAGAGGUUGAUGAAAACACUGAUGAAUCUUUACAAAAUAAAAGCUAGGAGCAAACGUAGAAACGAAAGUCCCAAAACAGGAUACGUUUUUCAGUUUUAAGUCCGGUUGGUUUGACUUGUAAAAAAUGUAUAUAUGUUGCUUUGUUUCAUUAAAAAGAAAAAC